AUGCCAAGUGGACAUCUCUUUCAAAUACGAGCCUCUGAUAAAACCAAGGUUGACAACAACAAGAACGAUAGGCAAGCUAUUACCGAUAAUGAAAGACAUCAGUCGGAAUCCAGACCGACAGCAAUAUCACCCCGAAUGGCUUCAUUAUCCAGCAACUCACGGUCCUCUUCAAUAGUUCCGACGGAUUCUUCUAUUGAAUCUUUAACUCCUCUAGUAACUGCACUGGAGCCUGAAUCUACUCGGCGCGACUCUUCAUCUUCUGCAUCACGAGGAAACUCUGUAUCACGUACACGACCUAGUGUUUCCUCAAAUACUGGGCGAUCAUAUGACCCUCAAAAACCUUCAAAAUUAUUUAUUGUCGAUAAUGCGUCGCCUACGGAUCUGCCAGUAGAUGGAAGUUAUUCACAGGAAGGUUUAGACCCAUUGCAAAAAUCGAGAGCUAGACCUCCAGAAUCACCACGAACAAGAAAUACAAGCGCACUGAUAGGAAGAGACAGUUUUAAUAGAUCAAGCAGUAGCAGUGGACAUCGAAACUCUGGAAGUGUUUCGGAAGAUUUGAGAGGUAGUUUCAAUUCAAGCACUAGAAAUCGAAAUGAUCGAACAGCACACCGUCUAUUUUCCAAAGAACAUUCUUUACUUUCAAAGAUUUCGUCUCGUUACCUCCCAUUUAGUAAAUCCAGAAGCCGAGAUGAUAGUCUCCAACUUUCAGAAUUGCCUUCAACCGACAACAUUCCUUUGGAACAAUUUGUUUCUCCUGAAUCAGGCCCUCUAACUACAUUUGCAUCACCUAACAACCGACUCAGCAGCAACAGUCGACCCAAUAGUAUUUUAACAUUUAUGUACUCCAACAGCCUCGCUCCGGUUCGAACUGCAGAAAGUGGCAGAUUUUCAAUUAAUACUGGAAACAUUGGAGAUGCUGGUGUUGGUGGCACUAGUGAAAGCGGUGGAACAGGCGUUGGAUGGCCAGGCUAUGGUGGAGUUACACAUAGACCUAAUAAACAAAAAAGCCCCUUUCAUAGACCUUCACGAGAAACUCUCCAAACUUGGCUUUACAGUAGUUCUCUUAUGUUUCUUUUUCUCUGUUUUGCUGCAGUGGUUGUUGCAACUCCUAUUGAUAUGAUUAUCCAAUCUCAACGCACCGGUCAAUUCUGGAAUGCGAUCAUAAUUAUGGCUUCUUAUGCAUUUGUCGCCAUUAUCGCUGGUGUUUUGUUAAUUGCUCGAAUUGUUGUGACUCGGAGAUCAUUAGCAGCUAUACCUCACCAAUAUAUUCCGGGUCUUGCAGAUAUUCCAAUUGAAUUGUUCCGAAAUAUUACUUCCGAACUUGAAAGGUGCCGAAAAAUUGCCCGAAACUCUCGACCAGUAUUUCAAAACCCCCCAUUGCAUAUUUCACAUCCUGGCUUAAUGCCACCAGAAAUUACUGAUCUUGGACGCUUAGCAGAUACUCCAUAUAUCGAUGUUAUUCGUUUGGCAUCUGAAAUGAUUGCCAUGAAGGCCGAAGUAUUGCAUCCUUCUUUAGCUCGAGGACCAGGUAUGUCCUUGCGCGAUUAUAUUUAUACCCUUCACAACAUCAACAUAAUUGACAUGCCAAUCUCUCAUGUUAAUGAUUUCAUCAACCUAUAUGAACGGGCACGAUUUUCCGGAGAAUUGGUAACUGAGGAUCAGUUUGGUGAGUUCAUGGAAUCAUGCCGCCGUCUCAUGAUGUCAACAAACUAUUCCAACAUACGUGUAGAUGGCUCUGCUAAGGGUCCACCAUUGUCCAUUUAUGCACAUACUACUGAUGUAUCAAGAGCUGGAAGUUUUCGAGCCCAAAACGGAUUCCAACCUGUUAAUACUGCUAGCACAUCUCUUCAUGAUAAUGGGUCCAGCCCAAAUGUGCCAAUUUACGUUUCCGAGUCAGAUCCUCUUAAAAGCACGGCAUCUAACCAAGAUUUGGAUUCAUUAAAAAAAAUGCAUACGAAUUCUUCAUUACCAAGCGAAAACAUUCCAUCUCGUGUUUCUACACGAUCUAAUUAUAGUGAUGGUCAAGGGAAUUCCUCAAAUGGAUCACCAGAUUCAGCUGAAGGACUCAAUAGCAAAAAGGACAAAGGGAAAAGCAAACGGAAGAAUAAAGAAAACAAUUCCACGCCUCCAUCAUUUCGAGAUCCUUGGGGCCUUGUUCCAACAAUUAGUGCUGGGGGACAUUUGCCUUCACCACAGCCGAUUGCACCAGCAGGGAGAAGCUCUUCAAUAUCAAGCACAGGAACCACAAAAUGGAAUCCAGAAUACGAAAGUUCUCGAGAUGCAUUUGUGAACUCAGUUACUGAGAUAUUACGCGAAUCUACAAGACAAACUGCACCAGCAAGCACUUUACCAAACAAUCAACUUACCGUCCCAUCUAUUGGCGUCAGUCCUAAUGCAAGUCGCAGACCAAGUAUUCAUUUACAACCGAGUCAGCCCAAGGUUCGAAGAAAUUCGCAGAUUUGGCAACAACAACAGCAAAUACAACAACUUCAGCAGCUUCAGCAGCAGCUGUUCACAGUUUCACGAGUCCCAAGUCAUAAUGCAAUUAUUGAUGUUCCGGAUUCAAAUAUUCAUUCAAUAAUUCCUGCUGUUUCUACUCAUCAAUCAAAUGAUGCGCACUUAAGUCGCAAGAAUUCUUCUACGUCCAUCGUUAUUCACCAGGUGGAAACUUCCAGAAGACAUAGUAACACAGAAUCUCUUUCUCGAAUUGCAGCACAAACAAUCAAUCCUGGUGGUCUUUCCAACACUGGUACAACCUCUUCUACAGUAGAACCUGUCACCGUUCCUCUUUCAUCAGUUGUUUCCAAUUCAUCUGUACUCGGAGCUGGGACUCUUCCUAAGCUAACACUAGUACCAACGCGAUUGGAUAGCCAACAACCAGCAAGCAACAAGUCUGCAGCUGUGUUGGCAGCCGCUGCUGCAGCUGAGUACAAUACUGUGUUCAAAACUGCACAGGACAUGGCUCCCCGUGGAAGCGUGUUUCAGCCCCGGCCAUUGUCAAGCGCUUCUGUUUCUGGUGGAACAGAGUAUGGUGCUGGAACUUCUGGAGGAUUGCUGAUGGCCACACUUAAAAGCAAAUACGAGGCAGCAGCCAAGGCUGCUGCGGCCACUGCCUCGUCCCGUAACAAAAUGAAUGAUGGCGGAAGCAAUUUUUUCGAGGGACCAUCAAGCUUUGUGAUGCCCAUUUCUAAUACAUCACCCGUUUUAAGAUCAGUUCCUGGAACACCAGACCUUAGUACAGGAGUCAUUUCGUCGGCCUCGUCGGCUUCUAGCCAGCCUUAUAUGAGCGCCACGGCUCCACCCGAAAGUAGCGGCAAUAACAGCGGAUUAGCCCCUGCAGUUGUUUUCCGGGCUGAUUUUGGGACGCCAUUACCUCCUGCCGCGCUUUCACGCAUCAGUACAAACUCCCUGGGUUUUGAUCCUUUGGGGCUGCCUGCUUCCUCGGCGCUAACAACAGUGUCAACGUUAGCGAGCAGCAUGAACGCAAGCUCGACAGGUCUUGGGGAACCGUAUAGGACAACGUCCGCUGCGACCCCGGCAAUGAUACUGCCUCAGCAACAGAUGCGGUAUCCAUCAAACGCCACAUAUACUACAGUUGUGCCUCCGAGCCAAGAAGUCACUAGUUCAAGAAAUAAUGCUGUUCCUGUUAUUGGAAGCCUGACUGGCGGUGGGUGGAUUCCGAGCCGUAAAAGCAGCGGUGGAAGUAGCAGCGCACCAACAUCGGUGCAAAGCUACCGAGACUCUAGUCCGUCACAAUCGUUGCGCAAACGCAUGGCGUCACAGAUUCGAAGCUGGUCUCGUGGCUCGUCAAGGUCACCGGAUCGCGAAGAUAGCAUUUCAGGUCCCGAGAUGACUGGAGCAGCAGCAGGAAACUCAAAUGUUCCGCAAUCGCCGCCACCAUCUCCAGCAGCAGCGUUGGCCAUUGCGCUUGCCAAUGCUCAGUCACCAGGCCCAGGCUUUGUACCGCCAAAGACACCCACAUCGUCUCAGCCACUGGUCCCAAGUAUGCUAAAGUCGUCCAUUUAUUCUGACGGAAGAGACAGGAGCUCGUCUAUGGGACAGACUUCUGGGUCUCCAAUUGAUAGUGACGGCGGGUCGGGCCCAUUGCCUGAGCCGUGGUAUGGGUAUGGAGGCUCUGGAAGAUCGACACCUAUAUCAGGAUCAGCUCCAGGAAGCGCAAGCAUAUCGCGGGUGCCAUCUUAUACAGGGAGCGUGAUUAUACACAAGCUUCCAGACCAAGGGCAAGUCAACAAGCGGUAA